UAUCCCUUCCGGUAAGAGUUAGAAAAAGCGCCACAACCAGAACCAGACAGUUCUUCCGUUUCAGCAUUUUGAACUUUGAAUCGAUUAAGCGCAGCAAUGGCGGUAAUGGAAAGGUUCUAGUCUGAAACAGAGCUAGAACAACGAUCAAAAUGGAGUGUGUUGGAGCGCAAAACUUCGCAGCAAUGGCGGUUUCGACCUGGCCUACUUGGAAGUCUCGGAGGAAGAGGCAGAGGAACAAGCAGUGUGGUGUGGUUCGUAGACGUAGCUCAUAUGUGAACUCUCUCAAGGUCAGGUCUAGUGGCGCGGGGAGAGAGAGCUGUGUGGCCGAGAAAGAAGACUUCGCCGACGAAGAAGACUACAUCAAGGCCGGUGGUUCUGAGCUCCUUCUCGUCCAAAUGCAACAGAAUAAGCAUAUGGAUAAGCAGAGUAAACUCGCCGACAAGUUACCACGUAUACCAAUUGGAAAUGCCAUACUGGAUUUGGUGGUGAUUGGAUGUGGACCAGCUGGUCUUGCUCUUGCUGCGGAAUCCGCAAAGUUGGGCUUGAGUGUUGGACUUAUUGGCCCAGAUCUUCCUUUUACAAAUAAUUAUGGUGUAUGGGAGGAUGAAUUUAGAGAUCUUGGACUUGAAAGGUGUAUUGAACAUGUUUGGAGAGACACAAUUGUAUAUCUUGAUGACAAUGAUCCCAUUCUGAUUGGUCGUGCUUAUGGACGAGUUAGUCGUCACUUGCUCCACGAGGAGCUAUUAAGAAGGUGUGUGGAGUCAGGUGUUUCAUAUUUGAGCUCGAAAGUGGAAAGAAUUAUUGAAACUACGAAUGGGCAGAGUCUCAUAGAGUGCGGAACUGAUGUUGUUGUCCCAUGCAGGCUUGCUACUGUUGCUUCGGGAGCAGCUUCUGGGAAACUUUUGCAGUAUGAGGUGGGAGGACCCAGAGUUUCUGUUCAAACAGCUUAUGGUGUGGAGGUCGAGGUGGAAAACAAUCCAUAUGAUCCCAACUUGAUGGUUUUCAUGGAUUACAGAGACUAUGCCAAACAAAAAGUUCAGCCUUUGGAAGCACAAUAUCCAACAUUUCUUUAUGCCAUGCCUAUGUCCCCUACUAGAGUCUUCUUUGAGGAAACUUGUUUGGCUUCAAAGGAUGCCAUGCCUUUUGAUCUAUUAAAGAGGAAACUCAUGGACAGAUUAGAGACAAUGGGAGUCCAUGUUCUAAAAACGUAUGAAGAGGAGUGGUCAUACAUUCCAGUUGGUGGGUCAUUACCAAAUACAGAGCAAAAGAAUCUGGCAUUUGGUGCUGCAGCUAGUAUGGUUCAUCCUGCAACAGGCUAUUCAGUUGUCCGAUCACUUUCAGAGGCACCAAAAUAUGCUUCUGUAAUUGCAAAUAUUUUGAAGCAAGGUCAUUCAGCAGACAAGCUUUCUCAAUCUAGCAGUUUGGGAAAUAUUUCAAUGCGAGCUUGGAGUACACUUUGGCCACAAGAAAGGAAACGGCAGAGGGCAUUCUUUCUCUUUGGACUGGCACUUAUUCUACAGCUGGAUAUUGAGGGAAUCAGGACAUUCUUCCACACUUUCUUUCGUUUACCCAAUUGGAUGUGGCAGGGUUUUCUGGGCUCUACUCUCUCCUCCGCGGACCUUGUAUUAUUUGCCUUCUACAUGUUUGUUAUAGCUCCAAACAAGUUGAGAAUGUGCCUCAUCCGUCAUCUACUCUCCGACCCGACAGGGGCUACUAUGUUGAGAACAUAUCUCACAAUUUAGUUUAUUUGUUUCUCUAAUCCUAUCAUGCUUCUUUUUUGACGUAAUUUGUAUACCAGAAGUCCAUGGUCUCCUGAGUCAUAUGUACAUAGAAAUCUGAAAUCUGCAUUGAUGUGCGCGAAUAUUAUGAGAAGACGUUAUUUCUAUUUUCCUGCUGUUGAAAGCUGUUUAGUUAGAUGAAAGAAAUUCAAUUUGUCCCUACCA